AUGAAAAAGAGUCAAAAGAAGGAAAAGAAGGAGAAAGCAAAGGACACCGAAAAUAAGUCUGUUGCUUUAAAGGCUUCAAGUUUUAAGUCAUCCACCAAUGAUACGUGUGAGAGUGAAUCAAGUGAUGAUUAUAAAGAUUCAAAUGAAGACAUGGGGUUGUUUGUAAGGAGGUAUAAUCGAUACCUUAGAAAGAAUGAAGUUCAACAUUCGAAUAAAAAUCUAGUAAACCAUAGAAGACAAUCAAAAUUCUCAAAUCAAGAAGAAAGUAAGACAACUAAGUCAAGAGGCUCAUGUUACAAUUGCGGAAAGGCCGGUCACUAUAAGUCGGAUUGUCCAUUAUUGAAGAAAUAUAAAGGAAAAUACAAACGUCACAAGAAAUAUAGCAAAGCUAGAAGAGCAUAA